UAAUAUUAAUAGAUUUGUCUAUAAUACCAGAUGAAUUGAAUCAUUGUUAUUAUGUAAUUUUUGAAAUUGUAAUUUUUCUAUUGACAUAACCUCAAUUUUUUUUCGGUUGUUUCUAUGAAUAUACACAGCAUUUGAUUAAUUUUAAGAUGUCUUUGAUCCGUGCGUUUCGACGAUUGGGAUUAAGCAAUAGAUCGUGGGUGAGGAUGUAUUCCAAUGGUGAGGAGAUAAACAACACUCCGAUCAAGUUCACGACGUCGGGGGCUGCCAAGUGGAGGGCGGAGAACACGAGGAAGGGUCCGGACAAUAAGAGGCUUUGGUUCGAGCCCCACGUUAUACUGGCCAGUUUAUCUGUGUUCAUGGUGUACUUCUGCUAUCUGCGGGAGGAGAACGAUCUGGAUAAGGAGCUGCAGAGGACUUUGUAUAGUAGAAUCGAGGGAUUGGAGGAGCAUCAGCUGAAGGUGUCUCUGGAGUACGGAGAGGGCAGGGGAGAGGAUACUUCGAAGUUGAGGCAAAGGCUCGAUGAGUUGCAGCAGCAGCAGCAAGAAACUGAAUAGAGAUGUGAUUGUGUAUUUAUUUAUAUAUAUUUAGUAAAUUGAAUAG